AUGAUAUUGAAAUCAAAUCUAUAGUUCCAAUAUCUACAGAAUUACUUGAUUGCAUAUAAAAUUUUACUCAAUUUCAAAACUUUUGUCUCUAAUCCUGUUUUAAAAGUAGGAAUUAAGAGCAACCAUAUUGUAAAUCUAUAAAAUAACCCCUUAAAUUCCAAUGAAGCUAAUUUAGAGUUAAAAUCUCCAAAUUAAUUCUCUGAUAAUCAAUAAUUGCGGCUGCUCAGAGCAUUGUUACAGCAUAUUUCUGUAUAUUUACUUUUAGAAGCCAUUUGA